AUGGACAUCCCGAACCAUCAUACCUGGCAUUCUUCUUCCACUCAUCAACAUCAUCAAUCCAAAGAUAUAAUCUCUGCUAUUAUCGCUGCUGCUAAAUAUCCUGAAAACGCUUCUUUUGGUUGGGUUGGUAUUGAAGAAGAACAAACAUUGGAUACAAGACCAAAUUCUCCUCCUCCUCCACCUCUUCCUAUUGAAAAUGAUACUCAUAUCUUUGAUCUUCUUGCCUUGGAUGAUAAUGCUUACUUUAUUCAUUACAGUCAACGAGCUGAUCAACCAUCUGCUAUGAAUUCUGCUACAGUUGAAAAAUUGGUGGAAAUAUUGACAAAAGGAAUGGACUCGGAUUUGAUGAUGAAUUUUUUUCUCACUUUUCGACAAUUCUUGACUCCCAUCAAACUUUGCAAGUUACUUAUAUUACGAUUCCGUUGGGCUUUAUUGGAGGACUCUGAUGAUAGACGUCUAGUCAGGAUAAGAACAUUUGUAGUGCUACGAUAUUGGAUCACACAUUAUUGGGAACAUGAUUUUAUCAUGUCAAGAACACUUCGAUUUAUGCUUUGUACUUUUUUGUCUCAACUCCGAACACAUCCGGUCAUUCUUAAUUCACCAAGAGAUGCACGUAUCAUUAAGAAUCUACGAAAUAUAUUGAAACGACAACGAAAACUAUAUAGUACCAACUUUGACUCGUCAGCACGUGCCACUCUCUGCAGCAAUCAUGCUCAACUACAUCAACCAUCCACCACUCGUACAACUCGCACUACCGCAACAUGUGGACGAACGGUAUCCUCUCUGCCAACUUGUCUUGAUGAUUAUCGACCUUUUAUUCUUACAUUUCGAUCCGAAGUCAUUGCUCAACAAUUCUGUAUGAUGGAACAAGAAAUGCUUCAAUGGGUAACAUGGGAUGAAUUGGCUGAACUUCGAUGGCGUAAACGAUCCAAAGGUACCGUUAUUUCUCCUGAUAUUGAACAAAGUUCGUUACAAGAUGGCGUCGAACAACUUAUUGGAUUUUUCAAUAAGACAUGUCAAUGGGUUGCCUCGGAAAUCGUACGUACAAGAUCCAUGGAUAUUCGAAUUCGUGUGAUUGAAAAGUUUAUCCGAAUUGCACUGAAAUGUUAUCAUCACCGCAAUUACAGUACAUUAAUGCAAAUCUUACUUGGAUUACAAGCCCCAGCCGUAUCUCGUCUGGAAAAGACAUGGCAAAGAAUUGAUCAUUACGAAAUGCAAAUAUUCAACGAAUUGAAAGAAUUGGCCAAACCUUUUCGCAAUUGGAAAAACGUACGUGAUGCAAUGACCAAAGCUAUUCAUGAAAUAGCCGAGUCUUCAGCGGUGGAAUCUGUUUUGACCAAAGAUAUAUUUGAUGAUGAUAAUGUGGAUGGUUGUAUUCCUUUUCUUGGUAAGAUUGUUUUCAUCAACAAUGAUUUUUUUUAA